GUUUUUAUCUUAUCUUUGAAGAUAAAAUCAUUAUGAUCGGUAAGAAAAUAUGAUAUAGGAAAUUUUAAUAGCAGUAUGAAUUUUGUUUACUUUAAAUCGCUAUUUUAUAAAUUAUUUCUUUAAAUAUGAAGAACAUCUUCAGUAUUAUACUUUUGAUUUGCUUGGCUCUUUGCUAUGGAUCCCCCACAGAAAAAGAAAGCGAAUCUCAUGGACUUGGGAAUAUGUGGUGUCUGCCUUGCUUAGCAAUUCUUAAUGCAAUAUCAGAUUCAAUAAAGGAAAACGAUACCGAAGAUGUUACAAAAUUAGCCGAAAGUCUGUGUGCAGUGGUGUCUUUCGAUAAUUGCAAAGAUAUCAUGGAUGGAAUAGUAAAUGUUACAGAAGCUAUAGUCAAAAAUGGAUACGAACUUAUUGACAUUUGUUAUGCCGCUAUGUGGUGCAAUGCUUAAUAAUUUAGACUUACAGAUUAUGUAUUUUUUAUAGUAAUAGGUACAAAUACAUUGUUAAAUUAA